AGCACAAGUCCAUCAGCGUAGAACUACAGCAAAGACAUAUAUGUCCCUGGCAAAUGUGCCUCAGACUUCAGUGUUCGAUUUCAUCGUACAAAUUUCCCUAAAUUAUCAAAUUCCAAGUUAUGGGAAAAGACUCGAAACCUAAGGAUGCAGGAGGAAAGGGUAAGGGAAAAGCUGGUGGAAGUGAUGCCGGUGCAUCAAAGGACAAAGGCAAAGGAGGGAAGGGUGAUGGCCUUGGAACCUGCACCUACGUCAAAGCUAGGCACAUCUUGUGUGAGAAGCAAGGAAAAAUUAAUGAAGCGUAUAAGAAGCUACAAGAUGGCUGGCUGAGUAAUGGAGACAAGGUUCCACCAGCAGAGUUUGCUAAACUAGCUGCAGAAUAUUCAGAAUGUCCGUCCGGGAAGAAAGGUGGGGACUUGGGAUGGUUUCCCCGUGGCAAGAUGGCUGGUCCAUUUCAGGAGGUUGCGUUUAACACAGUCGUUGGAGCUACCUCUGCACCAUUUAAGUCAACACAUGGAUACCACAUUAUCUUGUGCGAAGGAAGGAAGAACUGAGAUAAUGGCCAUGAAUGUGAAGAAGUAGCGCCUGUAUUCAGUUAUCUGAUACUUGCCCUGAAAUAACAUAAUGUUUCAAGUCAGCAGUUGAAAUGAUGUGUUCAAUUAAUACUGUGCAUUUGUGGUUUAACGUAUAUGGGAGAAACAGUAGUUUUUGGUCGUUGACUACGGGAUUAUUAUCAAAAUCAGCUCCUGAAUGAUAAUAGCCACUUUAUAAAUUACAACUGCUUUAUGUUUGUUGAAGUUAUAGCACUUUUUGACCAACUUGAAGGAAUUCUGAACCCUAAAUUAAUGUUAGUUUACUGUUGGAAAGGUGAA